CCAAUCAGCGCCAGUCUAGUCGGGCCCGCCCCGCCCCGCCGGCGGCAGCUCAGGGCCUGGUAUGGUGGCGGUGGCCCCGGCGGAGCUGUUUGGAAAGAAGAAAGAUGGAAAGUGGCACGGUUCUGCUGGAAUCCAAAUCCUCCCCAUUUCACCUGCUUCGGGAAAUGCACAAGCUCCGCCUUCUUGGCCACCUGUGUGACGUCACCAUCAGCGUGGAGUACCAGGGUGUACGAGAAGACUUCAUGGCCCACAAAGCGGUGCUGGCAGCCACCAGCAAGUUUUUUAAGGAUAUGUUCCUGAAUGAGAAGAGUAUGGAUGGGACCAGGACUAACGUGUACUUACAUGAGGUGCAGGUGGUCGACUUUGCUUCGUUUCUUGAGUUUGUCUACACUGCCAAGGUUCAGGUGGAGGAAGACCGGGUGGAGCGGAUGCUGGAGAUGGCAGAAAAGCUCAAGUGUUUGGACCUGUCGGAAACUUGUUUCCAAUUAAAGAAGCAGAUGUUAGAGUCGGUCCUUUUGGAAUUGCAGAAUUUCUCGGAGUCUCAGAAGGCUGAAGCCAACAGUGGCCCCCUGGCCAAUGUUGCUGUAGACUCUAGAGCAAGUGUGGCCGGGGAUAGUGCCCAUUGCAACGGUCUUCUGGGCUCCUCAGAUCACUCAGAGGACGGGCUCAGCAAUGGCUUGUCACCAGAUAUGCCAGCGAGGAAGCCCAAGGAAAAGCUAGACAAGAAGAGAGAUGUGGCCAAACCUCCCUACCCUAAAAUCAGAAGAGCGAGUGGAAGGCUGGCUGGGAGAAAGGUGUUUGUGGAAAUCCCUAAAAAGAAAUACACAAGACGACUCCGAGAGCAGCAGAAGAGUGCCGAGGACGCAGUUGUGGGGGAUUGUGUGUGUCCCCAGGAGCAGCCUGAAGGCAGUGUGGUCACAGAGACGGAGGCAGCUGCAGAGACAAAGCUGGAUGCCGAGAUGAUCCCGUCCACAGAUAUGGCACCUGCUGCAGCAGGGAGCCAGGGAUGUGGUGCGGGGGAGCUGGAGGGAGCACUACAGAGGGAAAGGGCAGCAGGGCCUGGGAAGGAGGCUGAGGGCGAUGGCGACGACGGCGAGGAGGGCAGAAAGAAGAGUAACUUGAAGUGUACGCUCUGCGACAAGGCCUUCUUGUAUGAGAAGAGCUUCCUGAAGCACGUCCAGCAGCACCAUGGUGUGGCCACCGAGGCGGUGUACCGCUGCGACACCUGCGGCCAGACCUUCGCCAACCGCUGCAACCUCCGGAAUCACCAGCUCCUCGUGCACAGCAGCGAGCGCCACUUCCCCUGUGAGCUGUGCGGGAAGAAGUUCAAGCGCCAGAAGGACGUGCGGCGGCACGUGCUGCAUGUGCACGAGGGCGGAGGUGCACGCCACCGAUGUGCAGAGUGUGGCAAGGGCCUAAGCUCAAAGACGGCCCUGCGCCUGCACGAGCGCACGCACACAGGAGAUCGGCCGCAUGUUUGCCCUGACUGCGGCGCGCGCUUCUCACAACCCUCAGCGCUCAAGACCCACAUGAGAAUUCAUACAGGGGAAAAGCCUUUUGUCUGUGAUGAGUGUGGGGCGAGAUUCACUCAGAACCACAUGCUGAUUUACCACAAAAGGGUCCACACAGGUGAAAAGCCUUUUAUGUGUGAAACAUGUGGCAAGAGUUUUGCUUCCAAGGAGUACUUAAAGCACCACAACAGAAUCCAUACUGGCUCCAAACCUUAUAAGUGUGAAAUGUGUUUCAGGACUUUUGCCCAGCGGAACUCACUCUACCAGCACGUGAAAGUCCACACAGGGGAGCGGCCCUACUGUUGUGACCAGUGCGGGAAGCAGUUCACCCAGCUCAAUGCCCUCCAGCGCCACCGUCGCAUCCACACAGGAGAGAAGCCGUUCAUGUGUAACGCGUGUGGACGAACAUUCACUGACAAGUCCACCCUCCGGCGGCACACCUCAAUCCACGAUAAGAAUACUCCAUGGAAGUCUUUCCUUGUUAUUGUAGAUGGCUCACCGAAGAACGACGAAGAGCAUAAGACAGAGCAGCCCGAUGAAGAGUAUGCACCCCCCAAACUUCCGCAGAAGUUGCUGCCCUUCGCAGAAAAUGGCCACUUUGACAGCCUGGCCACUGCGCCAGGUAUGGCACCUGCCAGACAAAACAAUGCCACACAUGCAGACUGUAAGGCGGAUGCUUCCGUGGUGUCCCAGGAUACUCUGCUUGCCACUGCCAUGAGUGAGCUCGGUGAGCUGACCCCACAGACAGACUCGAUGCCCACACAGCUUCACUCUCUGAGCAGCAUUGAAUGAGCUUCAUGUGGUCUGCGGGUGACAGCCAUGCUCCACGAUGCACUAGCAGCCUAGAAGUCACUGUUCGUGGGAAGGGUGCCCUCUCCACAUGACCCCGACCUUGCACAUUCUCAUCACACCACUUUCAAAUUUCCCUUCGGCGUCCUGACUUGCAUGACCUUUACUCCCUGAAUCCCGGUGUAGGCAGUGUGCACUGUUGAUGCUUGGCCCGCUUUUGUCCUAAUGCACAGAACAUGGCACUGCCCAGCUCCUGAGUGCUCUUCGUAGUCUUCCUGGUCCCGCCCUGCCUUAAACUCCAUGUGCUUUAAAGUGUUUUCUGCCAAGCCAAAAUAAAGCUGGGACCAUGUAAUUUCA